GCUCCUUAGAGCUCAAAUAAGCACAAAUAUGACCGUGGGACAGGGAAUAAAAAUAUAUAUAAAAUAGACUCAUCACCAGGCUUGCUUAUGUUCCAACUUUUCAGGAAGGCAGCUGGAGCUUAUAACCCUUUCACAUUCAGAAAGGCAAUUGAAGCUCUGAAAAAAGCUAAUCCUUUAGCUUUAGAAUGGCUGUCAAAAUUAGGUCCACAAUCUGUCUGGUCCAAGCAUGCCUUCAACCCUGCUAUCAAGUCUGAUGUGAAUAAGUCUAAUUUUGUAGAAAGUUUCAAUGCCACAUUGGGCAUUGAUAGAUGCAGACCUGUGCUUACUUUGCUUGAAGGUGUUAGAAGACUUACAAUGGUGAGAAUGGAAACAAGAAAGGAGCAAUGUGAGAGCUGGAGAGAUGAUCUCUGUCCAAAUAUUAUCAAGAGACUUCAGGUUAUUAGCAAAGAGUCUAGAUCUUGCAAAUGUUUGUUGUCUGGAGAUGGUGAGUUUGAGGUAUUAGAUGGGAAAUCUGUUCUUCCAGUGAACUUAAGGGAGAAAACCUGUGCUUGUAAUGCAUGGCAGAUAUCUGGUUUGCCAUGUAAACAUGCAAUGAGGGCCAUUUAUCACUCCAAUGAUGAUCCUCACAAGUAUGUGAGUGAAUGGUACUCAGUUAGGAGAUACAAGCUCACUUACAAAAACAAUAUCAAGGCCAUCCCUGAUGUAGAACAGUGGUCAGUUAACACCUACCCAGACAUUCAGCCCCCACCUAUGCAAAGAGGAAUUGGGAGGCCAGCAAGAAAUAGGAGGAGGGAGGAAGGUGAACAAGCAAAAGGGAAGAGAUCUAAGACUAUUAGAUGCAGUAAAUGUGGCAACUUUGGUCAUAACAAGGUCACAUGCCAAGGAGGAUUAACUGGUAAAGAGAAAGCAAGCAUGGCAGAAGAGCAGCAGAAGACUAAGCCCAAAAAAGGUGUUUCAAUGUCUCAACCAGACCCAGCUACACUUGCUUCAACAUCACAGCAAACAAGAACUUCUAAGAGGGCUAGGAAGGGUGUUUCUGCCUCCCAACCAACUUGAUCUGUCAUCAGAACAACAGUAUUUUGGAACUUAUUUAGUGUUACUAGCUCAUGUCAGUAGAAAUUAAACAAUGAUGUGAAUUUAGUGUCAUCAGGACAAGUCUUUUGGAACUUAAUUAUUAUGUUAUUUGAGCUGCAGCCUUUUGUGACAUGAUGUGAAUGUGUUUAGACAAUUUUU